UAAGGGAGGUCUGGGUAGACCCAUUUAAGCCCUUACCCCUCCCCUCCCCUCUCUACCCCUCCCCAUUCUCCUUUAUUCUUCUAUAAGCCCCUUUUAUGCAAGUGUCCUGGGCCCCCGCAUUCGCAAAUAGUAGCAGACACUACGGUUCCAACAUGGUCUUUUGAUCUCGGAGCAUCCCGUUUUGUUUCCCUUCGGCGUCUUACUGAUGCUUGGCUGCACUUGAAUAAAGAACCCUUCAAGUAGCACUAAUCACCACCAAACAUGAGGUUCCUGUGGCCCCUGUUCUUCCUCCUGUGCCUUCGUGUCCUACCCAGCACCGAGGCCAAACACCAGAUCUCCGACGACAAGACGUUGCAUCUCCCACCACCAUUGGCAGGCAAGAUGCCCAAGAACUCUGUAACAAGCUCAGGAGGGUUCAGCACAAAGGUUGGCCAUAACUGUACUUGGGAUACGUCUGGGGAGGGCGUGGUGAAUCUGCUGGUCAGCUGUAACUCCGGGGAGCAGACCUACUGGUGCCGCUACACUGGACAGCCAGACUUGUGCCAAGCCUACAGUGACAGGAAGGCACAGGUCAGGCACUGGAAACAACUGGUGGGCAAGCUGAAGAAGAGGAACAACGCGUGCAAAGGGGAGAAAGUGCUGAAGACCCCCACCUGCAAGGCCCCCAUGGACUCCCACAUGAAACUCAAAGAGAAGGGGAACAGUGGAGGAGAGAAGGAUCCAUUGCCCCUGGCUCCUGAAAUGGUAGAGAAGGAGGAGAAGAAAGAGGAUAGGACUCUGUUGGAGGAGAGGAAUUGGGAUGGAGAGAUAAACGACAUGGAGCCAGUGGAGAAUUACUGUGCCGAGGGAUGGCAUUCUGUCUGUUCUUUCUUUGUAAGGUUUUUGGAAGGUUAAAGUUUUUAAGUGUUUCUAAGGUUAAACAAAGGACAAAUCUGAUGAACUCAGUUGGUUGAAAAACUCCACCUCUAUAUCCGGGCUUACUUCUUUGCUACGUAAACAAAAAUGGUUUGUCUGAAGCGAUAUAGAGACGAAAUAUAGGCUUCAUAGGAAUGUUUUGGGUUGUGUAUUUUAUUGUGAACUAAUAUUUGCUAUUGUUCAUUUGUAGUCACUAGACUUGUAUCAGAUUUCUAUUUUUUAACUUUAACACAGCAUACAAAAUUAUACCUGUGAAUAAACAUACCUUACUAUAUAAAUAUUGAACAUUUGUUUUAUUAGUUUAAUAAAUGAUCACAAAUUAGAUGGUUAUUUUUUAGAAGCAGUUAAUUAGAAGGACUAUAUGGAUGAUAUAGUUAUUUAUAUUGUGAAGUUGGGGAAAUACUGUAAUACUUGAUACAAAAUCGCAAUAGUAUUGACAAGAUCUUUGUGCUGUAGUGUAUACACUUGAGGAUAACAAAUUAAUGGUAAUGAGCAUGAAUAGGAUAAUAUUGAGAAACUUUUAUGUAUUUUCCCCAUAGUUUAUCCCUUGAUAUUAGUUGCCAGAAAAUAAAAAAUCUCUUGAGACAAUGUUAUUUUUCUUAAUGAUGUCAACAUAACACAGGAAAUGCAGUUCUUAAAAAUUGCCAACCCUGAUAAUCACAUUUUUUUCAUGUCUUUGUAUGUAGUGAUAGGGUCACGUCUGUGAGACCUUGUGUACACUUAGAAUAGACAUACAGAAAGUGUUAAUUGAAAAUGUCACAAGAUUAAGAUGAGAUAUUUGAAAAUACUUUAUGGCAAACAAGACUCACAAAAUAUCGUGGAAACCUGUUGUGAUCUGUUUGAGGUGACACUGACUCUCCAAAUUUGCACAAUUGAUUGCAUGCUCUCUGGGAAAUAAAGCAGUCUUGUGACUACAGUAAUAAGUGGAUGUUUAUAUAUAGUUUUAAAAGUACCAUCUUAUUUAGUAUCUGUGGCUCUACUAUCUCUUUCUCAUCCAUAGUUUGAUUGAGAUUCUCUUCAUGAGACAACUGUGUGGUUAUUAAUUGAAAUAUUGUCUGUCUUUUCUAGUGUUGCUUUUUUGUGUGAUCUGGUAGCCAGUGGCCACAGACAACAAAUAGACGAUUAUGAGUUGCACUGCCAAUGCCAACAGAUGGCAGGAGGUACCUCCUGGCACUAUAGUGGGUGAUCAUUGCAGUCCACCUAAGCUAUUCAAGUGCCCAAUUUGUUCAGGUUAACACAAACUAAACAUUUUUAAUAAAAACUUGGACCGAUUAUACCAACCAGA